AUGGCUUCCAAGAUUUUGUGUUUAAUAAUUAUGAUUGCAGGAUUUCUGCCUGCAAUCACAAUGGCAACUGAGUAUUGGGUAGGGGGUGACAAAGGAUGGACCCUUGAUGUUGAUUAUCAAGCUUGGGCCAAGGACAAAACUUUCAAAGUUGGAGACACCUUAGCUGGUCCACAAAGUGAAGCUUUAACUACUGGCCAUGAUGUGAUAACAUUGGCUAAGCCUGGUAAAAAAUGGUACAUUUGUGGUGUUCCAACACAUUGCUCUGACUUUAGCCAAAAGCUUGUCAUCACCGUCGAAGAUGGAGCUCCGGCACCGGCACCCGCCGCUCCGGCACCGCCAACUGAGUAUUGGGUAGGGGGUGAUAAAGGCUGGACCAUUGAUGUUGAUUAUCAAGCUUGGGCCAAAAACAAAACUUUCAAGGUUGGAGAUACCUUAGUUUUUAAGUAUACCAAAGGUCAUCAUAAUGUGUUCAAAGUGAACCAAACUGGUUUCCAAAACUGCAUAGCUCCUCCACCAAGUGAAGGAUUAACUACUGGCCAUGAUGUGAUUACAUUGGCUAAGCCUGGUAAAAAAUGGUACAUUUGUGGUGUUCCAACACAUUGCUCCGACCAUAACCAAAAGCUUGUCAUCACCGUAGAAGGUGGAGCUCCGGCACCGGCAGCUCCGGUACCGGCACCGGCAGCCCUGGCACCGGCACCGGCAGCUCCGGCUCCGGGACCGGCACCAAAAAAGGAUGACUCAAACAACUCAUACAAGGUUACUACAUCUGCGUACAAGAUAUUUGUUGGGGGUGUCGUUUUAAUUUGGACAAUUCUAAUAUAA